AUGUCGUCGACAGAAUUAAGAAAUCUAUUGUGUUUGGUGCUAGAUAUGACUCCCGCCUCAUGGGGAUCUUGUACAAGUGAAUUUAAUUUGCCAAAUUGCAUUGAGGCAGCCCUUGGUUUCGCAAAUAGUCAUUUAAUGUUGUCUCCACAUAAUGAAUUAGCAGUAAUAGGAGUUACACCUUCUGAAAUCAAGUUUAUAUAUCCAAACGACUCGGACCCUCCAACUAGUGCUUCGAAUGAUGGCCAGAAUGACGCACUUAGCUGUAUGAAUAACACUGUCAGGCAACUAGCAUUAAACCUUGUGACCUCCUGUUCUUCUACAAGCACACAAAUUGUUUUGGCUGGUGCGAUAAUAAAAGCAUUGUGCUAUUACCUUCGGCGCUGUCGUGAAUUGCAGCCAUCUACUAGACAUUUAAAUGAUUCUUUGGAGAUGACUAUGGAGUUUAGCGAAGGGAGUGAAAAGAUUUCUUCUCGGAUACUGAUUAUUAAGGCGUCUGAUGACAAUUCUUCUCAAUACUUGGCGUUGAUGAAUUCUGUGUUCACAGCUCAAAAGCUUCAUGUUCCAAUAGACACAUGUGUGUUAUCGUUACCGCAACAGUCAGAUAAUUUAAAUAGCAGGUGUGGGCUAAGUCCUCUUGGACACUCAAGUCUUCUUCAACAAGCUGCAGAUCUAACUGGUGGGAUUUACUUGCAAGUACCAAGAGUUUCUGGAUUACUACAGUAUUUGUUAUCAGUAUUUUUGCCAUCAUCUAAAAUGAGAACAUCUCUUUUACUUCCAGAUAGUCGAUCCAGUGGUUUAUCGUUUGGUGUUGACUUUCGAGCUGCAUGCUUUUGUCAUAAACGAUUGAUUGACAUUGGUUAUGUUUGUUCGAUAUGUUUGUCCGUAUUUUGUGAGUUUAAUCCGAUAUGCCCUACUUGUAAUACUCCUUUUUUGUUACCAGCUGUACAAAACAUGUAA